AAAUCGAACUUUUUUUUUUUUCUUUUUUAAAAUUUAGUUACUUUCUUAAACUCAACGAACAUAUAUAUAUAAAAAUAAUAACCGAAACGUUAUUAAAAAAACAAUUUUAUAGUAGUAUUUAUUUUAUAUCUAAUUUUGCCGGCGAUGCCUACGCCGGUUAGUGUAGCCAGGCAAUGCUUAACACCAGAGGCAGCUCACGCGCUGGACGAGGCGGUGGCCGUCGCACGCCGACGUGGGCACGCUCAAACGACGUCGCUCCAUGCCGUCUCUGCUCUUUUGUCUCUCACUUCGUCGACCCUACGCGACGCCUGCGCGCGUGCGCGAAACUCGGCCUACUCUCCGCGCCUCCAAUUCAAAGCUUUGGAGCUCUGUCUCAGCGUCUCGCUCGACCGAGUCCCCUCGACCCAACUCGGUGACGACCCGCCCGUUUCGAACUCGCUCAUGGCGGCGAUAAAACGGUCCCAAGCGAACCAACGAAGACAGCCCGAGAAUUUCCACCUCUUCCAUCAAAUCUCUCAGCAAUCGAGCUCUUCGACGAACUCGUCGAUUUCGUGUAUCAAAGUCGAGCUCCAGCACUUGAUUUUAUCGAUUCUCGAUGACCCGGUUGUGAGUCGGGUUUUCGCUGAAGCAGGUUUUCGGAGCUCCGAAAUCAAGCUCGCUAUAGUUCGUCCCCUCCCGCAGCUACUCAGAUACUCCCAUCGCUCGCGUGGCCCGCCUUUGUUUCUCUGUAACGUAUCCGAUUUUUCGGAUCCGGGUCGUCGGGGCUUCGCUUUUCCUUUCUCGGGUUUUCUCGCUCCGGACGACGAUAACUGUAAACGAAUCGGAGAUGUUAUGAUUAGGAAAAACAAAGGGAGGAAUCCUCUGCUUGUGGGUGUAUGUGCUUACAGUGCACUCCAGAGCUUCACAGAAACAAUAGAGAAGCAAAAAGAUGAUUCAGUCUUGCCCAUUGAGCUUUCUGGGUUAAACGUAGUUUCCAUCGAAAACGAGGUUUCUAAGUUUGUGACUGAGAAUGGUGACAAAGGGUCACUGAGUUUGAAAUUUAAUGAGGUGGGUUCGAUGGUAGAGCAAAAUUUGGGACCUGGGUUGGUCGUAAAUUUUGGAGACUUGAAGACAUUUGUGAUGGUUGAGGAUACUAUUAAUAAUAAUAAUGAUAACAAUAAUAAGAAUAGUACAUGUACAUCAAAUUCUGAAGCUGUGCGCUAUGUCGUUGACCAAUUGACAAGUUUAUUGGAGCUUCAUGGAGGGAGAGUCUGGUUGAUAGGAGCAGCUGCGAGCUACGAGUCGUAUUUGAAGUUUUUGACUAAGUUUCCGUCUAUUGAGAAAGAUUGGGAGUUGCAGCUUUUGCCUAUCACUUCUCUUAGGCCUUCUUCCAUGGCUGAAUCGUAUCCCAGGUCCAGCUUGAUGGAGUCGUUCGUUCCAUUUGGCGGGUUCUUUUCAACACCUUCUGACCUAAAGGUCCCAUUAAGUAGCUCAUAUCAAUGCAUGCCCCGUUGUCAUCAGUGCAAUGAACAUUGUGAAGAAGAAGUGAUUGCUGUUUCAAAGGGAGGUCUUACUGCCUCAGUUGCAGAUCGAUACCAAUCUAGCUUGCCUUCUUGGUUGCAGAUGACUGAACUUGGGACUAACAAGGGACUCGAUACGAAGACCAAAGAUGAUGGAGUGGUAUUGAGUGCCAAAGUUACAGGAGUGCAAAAGAAAUGGGACAAUAUAUGCCAGCGUCUUCAUCAUACUCAAUCACCCCCUGAAGAAAAAACAUUUCCUACUGUUUUGGGCUUUCGAUUUGUUGAAGACAAGAAGGAAAAUGCUGAUAAUCACAGCUGCAAUAAUACAGAUGCAUCUUCAAAUGAAACUGACUGUGUGAAUGUGGAUCCAUGCAUGCCCAUGCGAAAGAUUACCACAUUACAAUCAAGCAAUUCUUUUCCUUUGGUCAGCAAGCCUAAGAAUGAAAGUUUGCUAUCCAAACAAUGGGGAAAACCUUUGAAUGCUGAAGAUCUUGAGUCAGGUGGCCUCAAUUCUCCCCAUUGCAGUGUAUCCAAUUCAAGCAUGGGUGACAGCAGUCGAACCUCCCCCACAUCUGCAACUUCUGUGACAACAGAUUUAGGACUGGGAAUUUGCUCUUCUCCCACUAGUAAUAAGCCAAAGAAAUGUACCCAUCAAAAUUCAACAGAUCUUCCACAGGGAUUCUCAGGUCGCUUUUCUACAGACGUUGAUGUGGUCAAUGGGAAUAUCUCUAGUCAUCUGACUCGAUCUUCAUCCUUCUCAAGUCCUGACUAUGGUGGGCUUUCUGACAGAAUAGACCCGAAGAUGCUAUUUAGAGCACUGAGUGAGAGGGUCGGUUGGCAAGACGAAGCAAUUCGUGUUAUUAGCCAAACAAUAGCCUGCUGGCAAACAAGAAGUAAAAAACGCCAUGGAGCAAGUCUGAGAGCAGAUAUAUGGUUUAAUUUUGUUGGACCUGACAGGCUUGGUAAGAAGAAAAUAGCUCUUGCCCUUGCUGAGAAAUUACAUGAAAGCCAGGAACAUUUUAUUUCUAUGGAUCUGAGUUCCCAAGAUGGGAUGAUUAAUUCAAACACAAUCUUUGGUCUCCGAGGAAUGAAUGGUUAUGAUAUAAAGUUCAGGGGGAAAACUCUUGUUGAUUGUCUUGCUGAGGAGUUAACCAAGAAACCCUUGUCCAUUGCCUUCCUUGAAAAUGUAGAUAAAGCUGAUGUACUGACUCAAAAUAGUUUGUCUCAGGCUAUUCGGACUGGUAAACUUUCAGACUCACAUGGAAGAGAUAUCAGCAUCAAUAACACGAUAUUCGUGACAACUUCAACAUUCUCAAUGGGCAACUAUCCUCACACUGUCAGAAGGGAACCCUCAAAAUACUCUGCAGAAAGAAUUUUGGCAGUAAAAUGGUGGCCAAUGCAGAUUAGAAUUGGACAUGCCUUUGAAGACAACACCAAAAGCCAGAGCAUGAAUGUAUCCGAAACAAUGAGAAAAGACAUCUCUAAUCCAGUCUUUUUGAAUAAAAGGAAGCUUGUCAGUGGUACUGACUCUCUGGGGCAGCCUAAAAUCUCAGAGAUGGCCAAACGGGCUCACAAGACAUCAACUAGGUAUCUGGAUUUGAACCUUCCGGCUGAAGAAAAUGAAGUUUGUGACAGUAAUGAUGGAAACUCUGACAAGGACUCCAUCUCCGAGAACUCUAAAGCCUGGCUGCAAGAUUUCUCUGAUCAUGUGGAUAAAACGGUAGUUUUCAAGCCAUUUGAUUUUGAUGCACUUGCCGAUAAAUUAUUGAAGGAGGUCACAAAGAGCUUCCACAAGAUUGUUGGUUCCAACUGUUUUCUAGAGAUUGAUUCUAAAGUCAUGGAUCAAUUACUGGCAGCUUCAUAUAUACCAGACAGGAAUACAGUGGUCGAGGAUUGGGUAGAGCGAGUCCUGAGCAGGGCAUUUGCAGAAGUUCCAAACAGAUACAACCUCACUGCUCAUUCUGUUGUAAAACUUGCUACUUGUGAGGGCCUUUGUGUUGAGGAGCUAGCACCAGAAGUUUACCUUCCUUCAAGAAUUAUUCUUAAUUGAUGUGUUAGAAAAAUAUUAUUAUUGUAAUUAGAUGUAUAAUGUAGCAUUAGCAUCUAGUAACCCUUGUUUAGCCUGUUUAUCCCAUAAUUUUGUUGGGUGUUUUCAGAGUAUGCUUUGAUUAUUAUGAUAUUGUAAUCCGCAUGUAGUGCUUGUGUGUUUAUAUUCUAUGCACUAAAUCAGUUGUUUUCAA